AUGACAGAUGAAAGGCCGACUGGGAAACAUAAGAAAGUGGCAAGGAAGAACGAUACGGAGGAACGGAUGUCGAAACAGGUUGAUUUCGAAACCACAGACACACUUAUAAACGAAGGGACAAUAGAAAUACAAGAAACAGAGACCAGGAACAAACCGGAGAAGAGAGAGCAUGGUGAUAAAGAGGCUGUUGUCAAUGAUACCAUAACUGAAUCUGAGUCAGAGAGGUCAUCGAUAAGAAGUAUUGAUUCUGUUACUGAGACAGUAGGAAUACAAGAAACAAACAUCAGUGGUGAACCAAAAGCGGAAGAGCAGAGUGAUAAAGAGGAUGUUAUCAUAGAAAUUACUACUGGACCUGAGUCAGAAAGGUCAUCGACACCAAGUAUUGAUUUUGAUACCACUUUCAAAGCCUAUUCUUUGGGAGAUUACAAUCUAUGGAAGACAAAGGUAUCUGGUAAGUUCUCCACACUGACUGAUGACGAGGUGUCCGUGUUAUUCUGUUUUCUGUGUUCUGACUCCGGUCCUCCUGACUUCACUGACACAGAGUGGCUGGACAAGCUUAAUAAGAUACGACAGGAUGUGUACGGUAAAGAGAAUCCUGUAACAAGUGAGGAAGCACAACAGACUCUGGACAGACUGAAGUCACGUGAUUACCUUUGGGAAGAUCAGGACAAGAUAACGGACACAAAGGAUGAGACAAUGUAUAGGAUAGCAUCAAUAAACCGUGAUAUACCAUUCUAUUACAGUAGUUAUAACACAGCCAGUGUGUACCUGAGAUCAUCUGGAUACAACAGAAAACCUAAAGAGAAGUGUGUCAUCAGUGAUGGUUACUGUGAUUCCUCUCUGAUACGCCGUCUACAUUUGAACAUACUGACUCACGUCACCAUGGAGGACACGGAUAUAUAUAAUGAGAUAUACCAGAUAUUGAAUAUUCCAGAACAUAACGUAAAGAGCAACAGAGAUGAACGAGAAGAAUUUCUAAUGGAGCUAAGAGAAAGACGGGAGGCUGUCCAUUACAGAGGAAGAUCACAGGACAGUGUAGAUCACGUGACAUGGCUCUGGAGAUACGGGUUUGACGCGAGACCUGACAUCGUGAGAUCCUGUAUAGGCCUCCAUCCACACUGGGACAUUUACAUCAUCGACAACAAAGCUUGUAAUAAACCAACUAAAUACCAUAACUUCCCGCCAGAAGUCAGAUGUCUACUGUACUGCUUACUGUUAACUGAGAAAUAUCAACUGAAUCUCAAUGAACAAUCACACAGAAUCACAAGGGACAAAAUCAGAGAUAGAUAUUUCACUGAUAUCACUGAUGACGGCUUGGUAGAUCUUCCUGAUGGAAUCACAGAAACACAUAAUGGUGUGACAACAUUUAUGUCAGACGAUAUCCGACAUGACGCCAUGUACGCCUUUGUCACGGAGUGUCUGGUGGAGGACAGUGAUCAGGAGUUUUUCCUGACCACGGCGUCACGUGACGUGAUCUCAGAAUACUGCAGGUCCUGGGAGUAUAAGAGGAGUGAGGGAGAGAGAUGUCUGUAUGUACCAGACAAGCCGAAGAAGAUGUACGACCUCUUCAUAGACAAACUACAGCUGGACAUCAUCACACACUGUACCGUGUCUGACGGGGGGAUUCAUGACAGUAUCAGUAAACGUUUGAAAAUACCCAGAGAAAUACUGUAUUGGGACAUUGACGCAAGAAAAAGGUUCGUCCAAAUUUCCAGUCAAGAUAGUGUGAACAUGUGUCGAGCCAGAGGUAUGAUAGUGGGAUGCACAGGCGCAGGAAAAACGACUCUUCUGAGAAGGCUUCAAACGAAAAAUAAAGAAGAAAGUAUACAGCCAACUGAGACGACCGUCGGCCUUGAUAUCCACGAGGAUUUGUUCGAAAUUAAAGAUGACACGUUAAUAGAUUUUGAUAAAAAUGGAACCAAAUCUGAUAGGACCUCUAACAGCACAAGUGGCAAACAACUUAUAAGUAUGACGGAUUUUGCUGGACAGAUAGCGUAUUAUGCGUGUCAUCAGAUUUACCUCUCCAGAAGAGCCUUUUAUCUCGUGGUUGUUGAUAUGUCUAAACGGCUGAAUGAAAAAGCCAUAUUAUACGACACCGAUAGACACAACCCCUUAGGAUCUUUAUUUCAUAAAUGGACAUUUGCAGAUUAUUUUGUGUUUUGGCUGCAAUCAAUUAAGACCUACUGUGAGGAUGGGACAUCUAAGGAAAGUCAAAGUGAUGAAACUAAGGCCAACCCUGUUAUCUUGAUUGCCUCGCAUCAUGACUGCUUAGGGCAGAGGAAACAAACCACGUCCAACGAAACUGCAUUCUAUGAUACACUAGAGAAAUGUUUACCUAAAGAACAUACAUUGAAUGAUCACAUUUCACCAGCACGUUACUUCGAGAUUGAAUGUCCACGUGGAAAAUUGAAUGAACAUCAGGAAGAAUCAAUCGAACAAGUGAGAAAAUGCAUUGUUCAUACAGCAACAAGUCUUCCGCAUUGGGGUGAAAAAAUUCCACAUAUAUGGUACAUGUUUGAGCAAUUUGUUCAAGAACACAAAAUAAAGAGAAUUUGCAGUAGAGAAAGCCUACAAGCAGAGAAAGAGUUUAAUUUUCUAGACGAAAAUGAGUUGGAUGAUAUGCUUAGAUACUUUUCAGAGGUAGGCCAGAUAAUCUAUUUCUCAGAAAUGGGUCUGAGCCACAACAUUAUAUUGGACGUUGAGUGGUUUGUAGGUGCUUUUAGAAAUAUCAUAACAGAUCCUACUCACGCACGCCCAGCAUGCAGAAGGGUUAAAGAAUGGGAAAUUUUCAUGAAGAACGGAAUAAUCUCCGAUUCAACACUGGUCAAGAUUUGGAGAGAAAACAAAAAAGAAUCAUAUGUUCUUCAAAAGGAUAAUAUAGUACCAUACAUGGAAAAACUUGGCAUUGUUGCAAAAAUGAAAUCACAAGAAGUCGAGGAAGAAGACGACGAAGCGUCGGGGAAAAGACAAGAAUCCCUGUACUAUAUCCCUAGUAUCAAUAAGACUGACUUCACAACAGAAGGCUUUGAUUUAUACAAUAACGGAAAUAAGACUCCGAUUUUGGUUUUUUCUUUCAAAACAUUUAUUCCGCAUUUCUUUUUCUUUAGACUUGUUGCGAUAUGUUUUUCGAAGUGGGAAUUUUUAAGCCAGGACUGGCUUUGUAAAAACGUUGCUUUUUACAAGGAAAAGGGUGAUGACAUUUACAUUGCUAUUGCUGUUAAUAAAACAUCCAUUCAAUUGCAAGCGUUUACUCCAGAGGAUAAAAUCAAGCUAACAAGCGCAGAUACCAAACAGAUCAGAGUUCAAAUUGAAUAUAUGCUUGGGGAGCUUACCACCACAUUCCAUCACCAAGUUCUCUAUGAAGUCGGAUACGCGUGUGAAGAUAUAAAUAUCACUGAAGAAGAUGAAGACUGCUUCUUACCAGAGAGAACAGUUGCGGAACUGAAAACUAAUGAGCGAGUUUGCCCAAAUUUUAGAAAAAUGGAUCAUCGAAAGCAUCAGAUUGUUCGUGAUGAUCUACUGCAUUAUUGGUACACGGGAGCUGUUAGCAGUGAUCUGUUUUCUUGAUUUUUGGACAAAAAAGGAAAUGAUUGUGAAAGCUAUGACAUUUCAUAUGUACAAAACAAGCUCUAUUUUCAUGUCUUAUUUCUCGUAGAUGCUGGUUUUCAUCUCUAUUUAUAGUUUUUAAUCCUUUAAUUUAGCUAUUAACUCUUGUGUUUUUUUAACUAAGUGGUCCAUAUCUAUCCAAAUAACUAUUGAUAGACAAAUACGUAUUGAAUUAAUGUUGUAUUCAUCUGCUAAGGUUAAUAAUCACAGGAUUACACUCUGCCAUUCAACUGAAAAUCUACUGAAAGGUCACUGAAUGACAAAGCUCUCCAGUUCAAGGACCUUUUCCAGACCUUCAGUGAUUAUUCAGUUAACUGACUUGAGUAAUACUCACUAGGUUUAUCCCUUGAAUGCUGUAAUGCUAUUGUUGACUGAUAACUUAUUUUUGUUCAUACAAGCAUCGACCUGAGUAUUUCAUGUAAGUAUUCAUGUAAACCACAUAUUGCAAAUUAAAAAAUAUAUAUGUAUCUAAAAAUAUUAUAAGUGCAUGUAUAGUAUUAAUGAUGUAACAGGGAUGAAACCCAAACCCAUUCAUUUUUGUGAAGAAAAAAAAUGUGUUUAAAUUGAACAAAAGAUGUAAUAUUACUCACAUGCUUAAAAAGGAAUAUGCCUGGAUUCUGGAAAAUAAAAUAUUCUAAGCAUAU